UCAUCAUUAAGAAUAAGAAGAAGAGUAAAGAGUUAAUAGAGAGAAGAAAUCAGAAAUAUAUUAUAUCUAUUCUUAUAAUCUUUGAGUAGUUUUUCUCUCAUUUUAUAACACGUUAUCAGCACGAAUUUGCUCAAAAUCCCAGAAUCCUUGUUCUUCUCAGAAGGUAUAUUUAUUUUAUUUUCUUCAUGAACAAAUUAAAAUAUUUUCUUAAAAACUAUGAGAAGUAUGCUCUGUGAUUGCCCAAAGUUGGGAUCCUUCACAUCAGAAACUUAUACUUAUAAAAUUAAAAUUAGAUAAUUAAAAGGAAGAAGUUUUCUCAUAAUAAAAAAAAAUCAUUUUUUUAUAAACUAAAACAAAGAGUAGAUUUAAUACGGAGUAUUUAAGAUUGAAAAAAAAAAUUAUAUUUUUUUUUUAAAAAAUAAAGACUACUCUUGAAAAAAAAAUAUUAAAAUCAAGAUAUGAUGAACUUACCUUCCUGCUACUCUUGAAUCCUUCUUGUACACAUCUUUGAUAGAAAUAGAUAAUCUCACUUUAUAAUAUUAUUUUUAUUCUUUUUCUUGUUAUAAGUAUUUUUUUUUCGGGAUUUUAGAGAAUGAACCCAAUAUUAGAAAGAUGCAUCUAUACGCUAGAUAGAGUAUGUGAGACUGUGAGAGGAGAGAGUAAAAAGAUUUGAUGCUCUAUUACAUAUUUGAAACAGAUUUAUUCCAUGGCCAACAUCACCAAAAGAGAAUUCGACAUUCUUGAUUUAUCCGGUCAAAGGUACCUGGAAUGGAGGGUUAAUGCACUUGCUCACCUCAAGGCUAAUGGCCUCGAAAAUACAAUUGCUGAUAACAAUACAUCAUCAUCUCAGCAAAAGGCAAAAGCCAUAAUUUUCCUUCGCCACCAUCUUCAUGAAACCCUACAAAUUUUGGCCAUCCUGAUCGUGGUUCAGCACCAGAAUCAAAUGUUAUCCAAGGUGGUGCUCGCAGACACUUUAAACGUGGACGCAGAAAUAACCGCAACAAAGGGCCGAACAGGGGCUAUAAAAAUCCAAAUGGAUCAUCCUCCAAAGAAAAGAGAAAAUUCAAACCACCACAGGCUAAAACUUAUGAAAAGCCAAAACCAAGUGGUGAAUGCUACAAAUGUGGCAUAAAAGGACACUGGGCGAAUGAAUGUCGAACGGCAAAACAUUUGGUUAAAUUAUACCAGGCUUCCACAAAAGGAAAAAGGAAAAAUGUGGAACCUAAUUACGCUGAUGAUAUCAAUCCAAUUUUGCCUAAAUUUGACGUGUCCGAUUUCUACAUAGAUGAUGCUGAAAUUGGUGAUGAAGUGACCUUUGGUGGAACUACUACUAUUUAAACAUUUUCAUUUACUCUGUUAUGGUGUGUUUACUUUUUAAAUAAAUGUUGGAAAUUUGUAUUUUAUUUUCAUGUGUGCUUGUAUUAUUAUGUCUCUUCUAAAAAAAAUAAUGAUAAUAAAAUGUAUGGUAUUUG